UAAGUUGGCGUUCGUUAUGUCUCCAUCAUCUCUCACUUUACAAUCAAGCAAAGCUUCCUUUAAUCCUUUCUUCAAAACACUCUCCCUGACAUUUCUUUUCCGUUCCUUUUGAUCCGUAAGAAAAGUUGCAGAGAAUAAUGAAGAUCUUCAACUGGAUGCACCGGAAAUUUCACUUCAACGUGGAAAGCAAUUCUUCAUUUUCUCACAUGAAAGAUGAGGUAGAACAGAACGAAAAGAAGCUUGAAACGGUUACAAGCGAGAGCGACACGGACGCGUUACUGUCGAUCGGCACGUUCGGCUUCGAUCCCUUAGAACUCUACAACCACUUAAACGGAGAUUUCGUCGAGCACAUAGAAGACGACGACGACGAAGACGUAGCAGAUGAAGAUGAAGAAGGAGAAGGAAAAGAAAAGCUGAAUCCUUUGGUGGUUGAAGUCUUUAAGGGAGAAUUGGAUAAGGUAUUGCGUUCGAGUUCAGUUUCAGUCAGGAAACCUGAUCUGUCAACAACGGUCGAUGAUGACAUUGAUACUCCUCUCCUUCGGUUUCUGGAGUCAGCAGAGCUCCAAACCGACCAUGAGGACUUGAGUUGGGAAGAGACGAAGAAGAAGAAAGGAGAGCGAACAACACUAGCGGAUCUGUUCUCAGCAGAAACAGAUACUACUGCGGCAGCUCGGGGGAAAUCGGAUUCGAUCAUUGUUCAUCAGCCAGGUCGCCUCGAGAAAACGAGCUGCAGAAAAAAGCACGGCCUAUCAUUCGCCAAGAAGCUCCUGUUUCGUAAGGACGAUGAUUCUCUUCCAAUCACAAAACUACACCGAUUGAUAAAGAAGAUGUUGAAGAAGAAAAUCCAUCCAGAGCUCCAAGGAAAAGUGCAUGGAAUGAAUGGCCUGCUCAAUACUCCUAAGUCUGAGAAGGAAGAAGGAGAUGCUACUUUAAAUGAAUCGUUGUCCCUGCUUCAAGGUUGUGAGAUGGAUAGCUGAUGUUUGAAGCAGUGAUUUAGUAAUUUGAUUCAAUGGAGAUAGAGUUUGAUCUGGCAUUUUUCACUUUGUUUGUUACUUGUCAACUUGGUUUUGAUCAAGUAAAUUAGAAAGACUGUAUGUGAUUUAAUCAGUUGAGAGUAUGGAUCAACCUGGACCUAAAUUUAUGUAUAUUUCUAUUUGUUUUGUUGUUACUCUCA